UGAUCCCAGAAUGUAACCCCGCCAGCAUUGCAUACAAACAAGCUUUGCUCUGCUGUGGGAGAUGCGAUGAUGCUGUAUCAAACUAGCGAACUUGUACCAGGUAGAUCCGAAUAUUUGAGGAGAUUUGAUUUUAAAUUAAUACUUCUUGUUACACCAAGAAGGCAACGUAGGUAAGUUGCAGUGGAUCUUUCACACAUGACUUGUCUUGCUUCUCAAGUUGUCCUUGCCUCAUUCCCAACCUGAAUGGGGCUGCUCUUUCCUGCAAUGAGUCUCAGAGCCAGACCUCCCCUAUUGAAUGGGAGGGAUACAUAAAGGAGGGACCGCUUCCCCAAAAGUUCAUUUUUUAUCAUCACACAUCACCAUCAAAACUUUCCAACACAACCUACAAACAUAAAGACACCUCCAAUACAAGCUUACACUUCUUUCACAAAACGCCCAUCCUCUUUCCAACAUGUCUACCGCUCUCAAGGGAUUGCACAAGGUACGAAUUGUCCUCAACAAGAACUACAAGAAAUCCGGUAUCAAGUCAUAUGCCAAACUACUCAACAAAUGGGGCUUUGAGCCCACUCAACCAGGUCCAUAUUACCAAGAGAAGUCCGAGACUGAUGCCCACGCCAGCUUCCACAAGUUUGGUGGCAGCUCUAUCACCUCUCGAUUCUUAGCCAAGAAGGGAGACGAUGAUUCAGCUGGUAAAGUAUCUGCUGAGGAUAUCCAAAACGAUUCCUUGUACCUUUGUCCAGUCCAAAUUGGUACUCCUGCACAAACCCUCAAUUUGGACUUUGAUACUGGCUCUGCCGAUCUUUGGGUUGGUUUACCUUUUCCCUUUCCAUCAGAUUAUCAUUUCUGACUCUAAAUAGGUCUGGUCUACUCUUCUUGAUGAAGAGACUUUAUCCCAAGGUAGCGGUCACACUAUCUUCAAUCCCGACGAAUCAUCCACUUUCGGAACUGACAACCGCUUAACCUGGAAGAUUUCGUAUGGAGAUGGAUCUUCAGCCUCGGGAAAUGUCGGUUAUGAUAAAGUUACCAUCGGUGGCUUGUCAAUUCAGAACCAGGGUAUUGAACUAGCAACCAAACUGUCAAAGCAAUUUGUUCGGGGCACUGGUGAUGGACUCCUUGGUCUCGCAUUUGGAAAUAUCAAUACUGUUCGACCAACCCCGGUGUCCACACCAGUCGAUAACAUGAUUUCCGAGGAUGCAAUUCCGGCCUCUGCUGAGCUCUUCACUGCCAAACUUGGUAGUUGGCGCGAUGCGAAUGAGCCCGACCACGGAGAGUCUUUCUAUACUUUCGGAUACAUUGAUGAUGCUACGGUCAAAGCAUCAGGACAAGAAAUCCACUGGACCCCCAUCGAGAGCGCUGAGGGAUUCUGGCUUUUCGACUCUACUUCCACAGUUGUAAAUGGUAAAAUUAUCCAACAAAGCAAGAAUAUCGCUAUCGCCGACACUGGAACCACACUUGCUCUUGUCUCUGAUGCUGUCUGCAAAGCUAUCUACAGCGCCAUCCCAGGCGGAAAAUACGAUUACAGAAACCAAGGUUGGGUUUACCCAACGAAUACUACUGUUGAUCAACUUCCAGAUGUUACGGUUGCUGUUGGUAACAAGCAAUUCAUUAUUCAAAAGGAGGACUUGGGAUUUGUUGAUAUUGGUAACGGUACCGUCUACGGAGGUAUCCAGUCACGAGGCACUUUGCCUUUCGAUAUCCUGGGAGAUACCUUUUUGAAGGGUGUUUAUGCGGUAAGUCUUGCGAAUCCUUGGCAGCUCACCAUUUUACUGAUGAGCAACUAUAGAUUUUCGAUCAAGGAAAUAAGAGAUUUGGUACUGUUCAACGUCCUGAGAAGUACCAAAACAUUAGCCCAGCACCUCAAUAAAUUACUUUCAUCGAGGUUGUCUAGGGAGUAUGGGAAACAAGAUUGGAAACGGAUAGGAUAUGGUCACAGGACACCUUUGCAGGGGUUAUUUGCUUGUGUCGAGUUGAGGGUAAUUUGCUUACAGUACUGAUUGAAUGCUUUCUGUUGAUCGUUAGUGAGAUAGUCAUGAAUAAACAAUUUUCUCUCGG